AUCUCCCUGUUCCCAAACACCAAUCGACCCAUCGCCCAUCCACCACGUCCGAGCGCCACCAUCCACCGCCUCCGCCUCCGCCUCCGCCUCCCCGUCUCCGAGCACGACUCCGCUCACGGCUCUGCUCCGAGCUGCGACUUCCGAGUCCGAGUCCGAGUCCCGAGUUCGUGCUGCGCCGAACCCGGCACCGCGACGAAAAAGUGACCGUCCCGGGCCCCGGCACAGCGCGAAUUUCGGCCCCCGUAUGGAGGCACUUACGACGGCGGCCGGCGCGGUGCGUCUCGCGUCCGCGCUCGCGUCGGGCAGCAUGCGCACGCGUGCAUGGCGCAUCGCGCUGCGGUCGCCAGAUCUCGCGCUCGCGCGCGCGCUGCGCAUGCAGGAGUCGGCGGACGGGUUCGCGCUCGGCGUCCUCCUCCCUAUCAUGCUGGCCACCACGAACGCGGUGUGGUUCCGGCACAAGCUUGCGCGGGCGGGCGUCGACAGCGUCGGCGCGCCGCUGUGUUUCUUCGCGGCCGCUGUCGUGCUCCAGGUCGUCGCGGUGCAUGUUGCCGCGCUCGAUGUCGUCGCGGGGCCUGGGUGGGCGCGGUUGGAGGCCGUGGGGUGAAGCCGCGCGGGAGACACGUGGUAGCCACGAGGAGUCCACGCGAGGAGAAGUCAACACCCGUGGCGGCGUUACGAAAUCAGGCGCGUGAGUGUAGAGUGAGGACGGAGCUCCCUCGCCCCCAUGCACCGUGCCGAUCGCCGACCGAGGCGUCAGCGUUAGCGCAGCCAUCGCCUCGCUGCUGGCUGCCAGCAACCUCGGCAGACUACAGGCACCCGGCUCGCUGCCUGAAACCAUCCCUGCCGCCACAAGUCAUAACCACAGAGUAUAUGAAUAGUCGGCCGCGGGCCGUCUCGAG